AUGAUCUUUGAUUUUGAACAGCUACUUCGAAUAGCUACUUCUAAGACACAUUUCACAUUUAAUAAUAAAUUAUAUAUUCAGCAUAGUGGUGUUGCAAUGGGUGCUCCUUUAGCUCCAACAAUAGCCGACGUAUUCAUGACCAAUCUUGAAACAACAUUGAUGGAUAAAUUAAUUAAUGCAGGCGUUUGUGAAUGGCAUCGAUAUGUUGACGAUACCUUCGUACUUGUUAAUUUAAUACUUAUUGAAGGUGGUGAUAAAUUGGAAUUCCUUGAUGUUCUUAUUACUCGAUCAGCUGAAUAUCAAUCGUUUGAAACAACAAUUUAUCGUAAACCAACUUAUACCGGCUUGUUAACGAAUUAUCACUCUUAUGUUCCAAUGCAAUAUAAGAAAGGUGGUAUAAUUACUAUGGUAAAUCGAGCACUCAUUAUAUGUUCAACAUAUGCAUCAUUAGCUACUGAAUUUAAUGAAAUACGUCGAAUUGGAUUAAUGAAUGGUUAUGCAUCAUCUUUUAUCGAUACUAUCAUUGGCAUUAAACUAAGUCAAUACCGAAAAAAUAAUAAUGAUGUUAUACAAUCACCACAAACUGGAUCUGAUGUUAAAAAACGAAUGUAUGUUGAAAUACCAUUUAUAGAAGAUGCUACUAAAGAAUUUAGAAAUAAAAUAACGCAUUUAUGCAAAAAACUUCGACCAGAUCUAGAUAUUCAAUUUUUCACGAAGCCACCACCAGCUGUACAAAUGUUAUACCAAUCCAAAGGUCCUAUUGAUAAGAAAAUGAAAUCUGAUGUCGUUUAUUCAAUCAAAUGUACCAAAUGUCACUAUUCAUACAUUGGCAAAACAGAAAGACAAUGUGUUAAACGAUUACAUGAACAUGAUGCACCAAAGUCAUCAUCGGGUCAACAAUAA